CUAUCUUGUGUUUGCUAGCUAAGUAAAUGCGAUCAGCAGAUUCCACACACAAUUAUUCAAGGUUUAAUAAAAUAUUGCCGGUUUAAAAAUAGAUAUACGUUUUAGGAAAUACACAAAUGACUCAAUUGUUAGUAAAUAGUUUGUUUUGUUGUUGUUGCAGUUAAAAUUACGGUCUAAUUAAAAGCAAGUUCGCCACGAAAGUGCGACUCGCGUAAGGGUUGGGCGAGCAUAGCGGUGUAUUGUGGGAGAGACAGCAGCUAGAGAGGCACACACAAUAUGUGCUGGCUCUCGCUGAAAAGGAGGCAGUAUUCUUCAAGCUAAAUCAUGUAAUGUACGCGGCGAAAGGAAAGCGAUUUCACCUUUUCGUCAAUUAAAAGAGCACUCGAUCGGACGAACUAUGUCCAAGCCAGGGGAGAGGAACAAAUUCAACGAAGACCAUGGCAAAAAGCAGAGUUCAAGUUUGGCGAACGGCAUGGACAGUCAUCCCGUGUGCGGCUCGGCGGAGAAGCGGAGUCACCACUGGAGAAGUUACAAGUUGAUAGUGGACCCGGCGCUGAAGAAGGGCUCCCACAAACUGUAUCGCUACGAUGGACAGACUUUCAGCAUGCCUAACCCCGGGAGACCCCCGGUGGACAUGGUUCGAGACCCAAGGAUCGGUCGACUCUGGACGAAAUACAAGGAAACAGACCUCCCUGUGCCUAAAUUUAAGAUCGAUGAGUGCUAUAUCGGCCCCGUGCCCCCGAAGGAGGUGACAUUCGCCCGGCUCAACGACAACAUCCGGGAGGGAUUUCUCACCGACAUGUGCAAAAAAUUCGGCGACAUCGAGGAGGUGGAGAUCCUGUACAAUCCGAAGAACAAGAAGCACCUGGGAAUAGCUAAAGUGGUUUUUGAGAACGUCAAGUCUGCCAAGGUGGCCGUGCAGUCGCUGCACAACACCUCCGUGAUGGGAAACAUCAUCCACGUGGAGCUGGACCCGAAAGGUGAGAAUCGUCUGAGGUACUUCCAGCUCCUCAUGAACGGCAGCUACACGCCGAAAACACUGCCUGUUGGCGUGGAGGAGGCCAGGGAAGUGUCCCCUCGCAGUCUGGCUGAAGCUUUGCUUGCCUGUGAGCCCAUCCGCAGGUUGUCUGAGAGCAGCAUGGCGGUUGUGGGAGGGGCUUUGCCGCCCAGCAGCUCCAACACACCCCUGAGCCUGGAGACGGGCUACUCCAGCCUGAGGCAGGACACCCCGCAGUCCCAGGGAACCCCCCAUACGCCCCGCCAGCCCGGCACGCCCUACUCUCAAGAGUCCAACUAUUCAAGUCGGCAGUCCACGCCUGCGUAUCAGUCCGGCCGCGCCGAGAGCUCCGGCAGCUACAAGUCCCGCCGCCACGAAAGCAAGUUCCAGGAUGCGUACAACCGCAGACCGGAGCGGCCGCAGUAUCGCAGCAACAUGUAUCGGAACACGCCAUCCGAACAGUCGCCCUUUAAACAGCACCAGCUCACCCCUCCCGAACCUCCACCUUCCACCCCUACCUUCGCCUACUCUGCACCUCCACCUGCUACGCCCAACUUUAAGUCAGCCUUUUCCCCCUACCAGACUCCAUUACCUCCUGCGUUCCCGCCAGCAGAACCAGCGUUCCAUCACCCGGCCCAAAGGGAGGGGGAGUACCUCAGACCGCCCCAGCCCCCCUUGCCAGCUGCCGUCGACUUUUUACCGGUCAAGGAAAGACCAGAAACCCCCCCAGAGCCGCCACCAGAACCCGUGGCGGCCCCGGCUACCCCUCCUCCCCAAACGCCGGAGAGAUGCCCCUCACCCGGCUCCCCUGUGCACGACCUGGAGCGGAACAGUCUGGACUCCCGAAUCGAGAUGCUCCUCAAGGAAAAACGGACAAAGCUGCUGCCCUUCCUGGAGGAGCGGGACUCGGACAACGAGGUGCAAAUGGAGGGCAGUCCCAUUUCCUCCUCGUCGUCGCAGCUGUCCCCGAUCCCGCCUUACCUCGGCGGGCAGCAGAACUCCCGUCCGUGUAGCACGGGCCUGGAGGACAUCAGCCCGACUCCACUGCCGGACUCGGAGGACGACGAGCCGAUUCCCGGAGUCCACCUGUCGGUCAAGAGAGUCGGUUCUCCGGACAACGACAAGACGAGCAACAGCGACCUCAAGAACGCCACUUUAAGAGGGCGCUCCUCCACCGAAAAGAUGGAGACGGCUCAUCAGUCGUCGGGGGAGGACAUGGAGAUCUCAGACGACGAGACGUCAGACGCUCCUAUCACCAGCGGAGAUUGUAGCAAGGACAUCGUGGUCAACUCCGCCGUGUCUCCCAUGCAUACCAUGACCAUCCCCCCCGGGUACCACCCCUUACAGCACCAAGCCAGCUUCGCCAUGCACCACCACCUGGCCGCUCACCUGGCCGCCCACCCCGGAGUGCCUCCUCACAUGUUGGCCCCCAUCAGCCCUUACCCCCACGGCAUGAUGCCGCUAAUGCAAAUGGAGCUAAUGAGCCGGCUGCAGUGGAGCACCGUCCCCAUGUCGUUCCAGAUGCAGCAGCAGAUGCUGAGCCGCAUGGCUCAGACUCGAGGGCCCUACCUCUACCCUCAUUAUAUGGACAGCGCUGCGUUCGCGGGGCCCUACCAGCCUCUCUCCAUGGGCGCUGCUACGCACGCCACCGGUGCCCAGGAAUGGCAGAACCCCAGCAUACCACAAUUCAACCCCACAGUUCCCCCGCCGGGUUACGACGGCAAAAAGGAGGACCCCCACAAGGCGACCGUUGACGGCGUGCUGCUGGUUAUCGUCAAGGAGUUGAAGGCCAUCAUGAAGAGGGACCUCAACCGCAAAAUGGUGGAGGUGGUGGCUUUCAGAGCCUUUGACGAGUGGUGGGAGAAGAAGGAACACUCGGCAAAGGCGUCUUUGACUCCUCUGAAGGGCUCUGAGGCAAAAGAAGAGGAGCGACCCAAACCUAAGGAGACACUAGGCUCCAGCCUGCUGGAGAACUGGAACAAGGGCGAGGGGCUCGGCUAUGAAGGGAUGGGUCUGGGAAUCAGCCUGCGGGGCGCCAUCCGCUUGCCCUCUUUCAAGGUGAAAAGGAAAGAUCCACCUGAGGCUGCAGUGGCGGGCGACAACAAACGAGCCAGACCGUCCACGCCGGUAGACGACGAACUUGAGGAUGAAGACCGAGAGCGAGACCUGACCGAGCUCCCCGCAGACGAGCCAAAAAUGGACGGCGACGCCUUCGCCAAGCGGCGGCACUCCAGACCCCGUGUGCUGGACAGUGAGGGCGAGGAGGAGGAGGACACCUCAGAGAAGGAGGAGUCUGUGUCUGACAGGGAGGAAGGCGAGUCAGACGAAACGAAGGUUAGAGACAGACUCGCGCCAGGCAAGAAGAAGAGUGGCGAUGAAGAGGACGAUGGGGAAGAGGUGGGAGGCUCGUCUGGAGAUAGUUCCUCCUCAGAUUCAUCUGACGAUGAGGCGGGGAGUCCGGCGUCCUCCAAAGCCAGCUCCGACUCCACAUCGGAAAGCUCUGACUCCUCCUCUGAAAGCUCCAGCUCUUCAGAGUUCGAGCCCAGCUCAGACGAAGAGGACGAUGAAGCAUCAGAGGAGAAUCGCAAAGGUGCUAGGACUUCUUCGUCUUCUUCCUCGUCGUCCUCCUCCUCCUCUUCUGAGGGAGAAGAUGAGGACGCAGCCGUCAAACCGCCGAGCCCCCCCUCAGCGCCUCUUGUGGAGGUGAAGGAGGAGUAUCAGGAAGAAGUGAUUAGCAAACACAAGAGGAGACCUCCGAGUCCUCCGAGUCCUGAGGAGGAGUCGACAAAAGACGUGAAGCCAACGCUGCCUAAAGUCAAAGAGGAGGACAUCCAGAGGGACGGCGGCGUCACCGUGAAGUCUGAACAUGUAGCAAACCUUCGUCCCCCCACUCCCACGGGGACGCUCCCCGACAGCGACCAGGAGACGAAAGCAAAAGAAGGUCGUUCCCUCCUCCACCCUCCCUCCGUUCCGAUCCCCGAAUUCCCCCAGCGGGCCCGGCUCCCCACGGAGGAGGACAUCCCCCGCACGCCCGGCAGGGACUUGAUGGAGCGGGCUCGGGGUCUGGGGAAAUCCCAGAGCACCGACACGAUUCCCAUCACGCCCGGCAGCGACGCCCCCCUGACGGGCAGCAGCCUGCUGCUUAGCUCCCCCCACAUCCCCGGCAGCCCCUUUUCCUACCCCGCGCAGUCCCCGGUCCUCAGCGCGGGGCUCCCCCGAACCCCAGGGAGAGACCUAACCUUCACCCCCGUCUUCCCUGACCCCGCAGUACUAACGCUUAACCGGAAAAUAUCCUCUGAGAGUCUGGACGAUAGGCCAGUCUUCAAAGAGCCCCCCCUCAACUCCCUUCCCCAUCAGACCCAGUCUGCUGGCUCAGAGCUCUCCACAAGUGUCCCAGAAGACCUGUCCUCUGAUCUCUCCGUAGACGUUCCCGAGCCCUCCGACAGCACGCCGUCAAAGAAAAAGCCUGGGCGAACCAAAGUCAAAAAGGAGCUGGCGCCCUCUCCGGCCCACGAGUCGUUGGAGCUGUCGGCUGACUCCGAACCUCCGCCUCCUGAACCCCAUCUGGAGGAUCCAUCCAUUAAAGGGGUAUCUGCCAAGUCACCCAAACGCCACACUUUGGAUUUCCGGGAAGAAGACUUGACGCCUCAGACGGUGCUGCCGGCGGAGGACGGCCUGCUCUCCUGCGACGACGAGUCACCUGUGGUGGCUAAGUUUACCAGGAGGUCGCGGCGGUGCUGGGAGGAGCUGCUUCUGGGGAGCUUGUCUCCUGUCACGACGCCGCCACGCUCCUAUUUCGCCCGCCGCUCCGACUUUGAGGAGAUGACCAUCCUGUACGACAUCUGGAACGAGGGCAUCGACGAGGAGGACAUCCGGCUUCUGCAGAUCACCUACGACAAGAUGCUGCAGCUGGACAACGGCAACGACUGGCUGAACGACACGCUGUGGGUCAACCAUCCUCCAACCAACAUCCCUGGAGUGAAGAAAAAGAGGAGAGAUGAUGGCAUGAGGGAUCACGCCACCGGCUGUGCGCGAAGCGAAGGAUACUACAAGAUUGACAAAAAGGACAAGAUCAAAUACCUGCAGAGCUCGCGGCUGCAGUCGGAGGAGCCGCCCGUCGACACACAGGGCAUGAGCAUCCCAGCACAGGUCCAGGUUUCUACAAGAGCCGGUUCCGAGCGCCGCUCCGAACAACGGCGUUUGCUGUCCUCUUUUGCUUGUGACAGCGACUUGUUGAAGUUCAACCAGCUGAAGUUCCGGAAGAAGAAGAUCCGAUUCUGCAAAUCAAAUAUCCACGACUGGGGUCUGUUCGCCCAGGAGCCCAUCGCUGCGGAUGAAAUGGUGAUCGAGUACGUGGGUCAGAACAUCCGACAGGUGAUUGCGGACAUGAGGGAGAAGCGUUAUGAAGAAGAGGGCAUCGGGAGCAGCUACAUGUUCCGGGUGGACCACGACACCAUCAUAGACGCUACAAAAUGCGGAAACUUUGCCCGUUUCAUCAACCACAGCUGCAACCCCAACUGUUAUGCAAAGGUCAUCACCGUGGAGUCCCAGAAGAAGAUCGUGAUCUACUCCCGGCAGCCGAUCAACGUCAACGAGGAGAUCACCUACGACUACAAGUUCCCCAUCGAGGACGAGAAGAUCCCCUGUUUGUGCGGGGCGGAGAACUGUCGGGGAACGCUCAACUAAAACUCUGGACCAGGUCAGAAGGAUUUCCCACAGGGUGUGAAAGAAGCGCCGACUCCAACCUCGAAGAGGAGAAGCCGCCGGCGAGCCACCCCAACGAGGCUAAGCUACCUUCAUCUAUUUAACUCUAGAGAUUGUUUACGAUUCAUGGUGCUCUUAAAGGAACAAGCCGGUUCCUGCGUUUCCUCCCCACCGUCGCCUCAGAGAUGGACAGUAUUUCAGCACGGUUCCUCCCACAUCAUGUGAUCCGUGCACACUUUAGUUUUCUCAUUAGUUCGAUAAGCUUUACCCCUCACACACACUUGUUGUGGUACAAAACAACCCAGCUGCUCAAUAACACUGUCGGGAUGCUCGACCCCACCAGGCGUCUGCGUGGAAGCUGCAUCUUUUAUUUUAUUAUUAUUAUUUUAUACUGAAUAAAAGUCAAACUUAAUUUAUAAUAAAUGGUUCAAUCCUGCCGCGGAAUAUAAAACACAGUUUCUUUCUCCACCAGCCAAGAAUGGAUCAUGCUGCUUCCUAAUGGUUUAUGCAAGACGAUGUGCAUCAGUCAGUGUUGUCCGGAGGUUCUCUCAAAGACACUAGUAGUAGUUUCUGUUUCUCUUGAGAGUAUUCUGUCAAACUAUGUGCUGCCCCCUUCAGGCCAUGCUUGAAACAGCGUCUAUCUGCACCCGAACCUUUUCAGUUCCUCCACUUCAAGUGCCAUAGGUCUUUGUUUACCUGAAGAGGUUUGUCUGCUCCCUCAGAUGUGUUGACAGGGAAGCUGGGAGAAGUUUAGUUUCAGCUUCCUGUUUCACUCUUGAAUCACGUCGUUUCUUCAAAAAAAAGACAAUUUCUGGAUUGCUCUGAACCAGUCCGCUCCCCUUCCAAGACCAAGUCAGUCUUUGUUUUUUUAUUAAAUUGCAUUGAUUGUAGCUUUUUUUUCUUCUUUUCCAUCACUAAUGUUCAUAUUGUAUAUGAUAACUUGUACAGAAGAUCAAAAGCUUUUUUUUUAUAUAUAAAUAUCUAUCUCCAAAAAGGUAACACUUUUAAGAUCCAUUUCUUUUUUUUAAUGAAAGACUGAGUAUUUAAAAUAUUUUCAGGGAUCUGUAAAAGGAAUCUGACGAUUCAGAAAGGUUGUUUAUUUAAAGAAUAAGGUCCACUGUGUACAGGAAACGUCUCCGCUCCUCUCCUGAAAAGAUCGUUUCUUGUAGAAACAUCUUGGUAUUUUGCCCAUUUGCUUUGUAAUUCUACAACGUGUAAAUAGUGUAACUGUGAAUACGAUAUAAAUAUAUAAACAUAUAUUUUUGUUUCCCGGGUAUUUGCUACGUGAAGGCAGCGCGAAUGACGGCGAGGUGAGCGCUGACUUGGUAGCAGGAAAUUCAGCUUGUGUCAAGCUUUGAUUUUUUUUUUUUUUUUAAUUUUGUGUUGUAAAUUCUAUGAAAAGUUGUUUGCGGUGUGGAGAAUUAAAAAAAAAAAAAGAAGUGCAGAAUCGGCAUGGGAAGAGGCCUGAAGUGCCAGGCUUUUUUGUGUCUAUUUAUUAUAUGACAAAUGUAUUAAAUAAAAAAAAGAAAAAAAAAUGAAAUAAAGCAAUUUUGCAUACAUCCAUAAAAA